AUGACACAGAAGAAAAAUAGAAAUUCUACCUCAUCCACUAAAUCCAAUGGUUCCGUUGCGUCAGCUGAAAAGCUUGUAGCUAAGAAGCGCCAGCGUGAAGAAGAUAGUGAAGAUGAAAUCGAACAAACAGAGGCCGAAAUGCAGCGUGUUAAAAAACUGAAGCAGAUGCUGGAGAUUGCUGGAGACAGCGAGGACAGUGACGAUUACAGCGAAAGCCAGGAUGAAGACGAAACUGAGGCUUCUGAUGACGACGAUUAUGAUGACGAAGAUGACAGCGAGCAUAAUGGAGAUUCUGAAGAGGAAGUAACUGAAAAAGUGGAGACAUCUAAGAAAGCAUCCGGUAAGAAAGAAAAGAAACAAACCCAAGCUAAGGCUAAUGGAGUUGCUAAGAUGGAAACCGUCGAUAAUAAGAGUCAAGUCAUCGGUAAAAUCGCAGAGCAAUUUAAACCAUCCGCCUCAAACGUAAUGCUUUUCAAUAUUCCGAGAAUCAAUGAACCCGAGCUCAAAGGAUUUCUUUCGAAGAGAAAUGUUAAUCCCGAAUCGAUUUGUUGCAUCAACGGACCAGUUGUUAUGCUCGGCUUUAGCAAUGAAGCCGCAGCCAAAAAAGCUCAAACAACCUGCUCGGGAGCAGCCUACAAUCAAAGCGUCUUAGCUGCAAUAACUGCCUCCGGGGAAGAUUUGGCCAUGAUAAGAUCAAACAAAAACCCCAAUCCCAGCAAGACUGAUGCCCCACUGACGUGUCUAUUUGUUACGGACCUCCCAAAAUCAGUCUCUGAAGAAGAGCUGGUCAAAGCUACCGGUAUUGUACCAAAGCACGUCCGUCUUAUCACCUCAGGCCGCAAGAACAGAAUCACGAACGCCUGCUAUAUCGAUUGUAAGUCCGAGACAGAUGCCAAAAAUGGCCUUCAAUCCCUCUCCAAACACAGCUUUGUUGGUAAGACUGUAAAGGUCUUCCUUAAACCCCAGUUUAACUUCAACCCUGUCACUGAAAAUUCUGUGAUUGUUGCCAACGUUCCCUUCAGUGUUGACAUAGAUGCUAUCAAGUUAGAAUUCCCAAAAGCACAGAAGGUUGAACUAACUAGGCGCGGUUGUUUUAUGCUCACGUUCGAAAGCGCUGAGAUAAGAGAUAAGGUCGUCAAAGAAUCAAAAGGAAAGGUUAUGGAUGGUCGUGAACUUAGGUUUAUCACAACCGAAAAGACUCAAGGCGAUGUUGCAGUCUUUGUCUCUAAUGUUGAAUUCUCUGUCACUGCUGAGGAACUCAAGGCGGUCUUUCCCGGUUGCAAGAAUAUCUUUAUGAAAAAGAGCAAAAAUGGCAAAUUUAAUGGGCAAGUGCCAAAUGCCAUUGUUUACUACCCUACAAAGGAAGAGGCCGAAGCUGGAGCUAAACAGGCUGCUGAUAAGGAAGUUAAAGGUCGUGCAAUUAAAGUCAAGAUGACAAGUGCUGAAUCCAAGACUGAGUCAGAAAACUCCAAAACACAAUCUAAACCAGCAUCCCAAAAAGCGACUACACCCAAGUCGAAAGUCGAGGAGGUCAAGAAGCCAGUUCAAGUGGGUAGUGAUUCCGAAAGUGAAGAAGACGAUGAUGGAAGUGAUCCUGAGUCUGACGAUGCCGAUGAAGAUAUUACCGACGGUGAUGAUUCGGAGGAUCAGGAUGAUGAUAAUGAUGAUGAUGAUGACGACGACGAUGUUGAGGAUGAGGACGAUGAUGAAGAUAACAGUGAAGACGAUGAUGAAUCAGAAGAAUCUGUUAAACCACCUGAACAAAAGCGAGUAAAAAUGGAUGCACCUGAGACUAAGUCUCCAAACUCUCGACCUCCAUUUAAACCACGUGGCCGCGGAAAUGGUGAUUUCCGAGGUGGAAAUCGCGGUGGUGGUUUCCGAGGUGGUAAUCGUGGUGGUGGCGGUUUCCGAGGCGGUAACCGCGGUAAUGGUGGAUUCCGAGGUGGUCGGGGUCGAGGUGGAAAUGGUGGCGGAUUUCGCGGAGGCAAUCGUGGACGCGGUUCAUUCAAGAACUAA